UCACCAAAAAAUGCCAUAAUUUAAAUCUAACUCCUCAUUUCCUAUUUGAAAAUCGAACGAGUUUGUUCUUUUGGAAUUAUGUGAGUGUUACAUCAUCUGUUUUGUGCCAGUGUUUUGUUAACAUAUAAAGAGGGGAAAAAAUGGGUGUUAUGAAUAGAUGUGUUGUAAUAUUCAAGAAAUAUCCCCUUAUAAGGGGUAUGUUAUCAUAUGCUGUAAUUUGGCCGACCUCUAGUCUGAUUCAGCAGACUUUUGAAGGAAAAAAUAUAGAAACAUAUGACUGGAAGCGAUGCGCGCGAUACGGCCUGUAUGGAUCCUGCUAUGUGGCCCCCACAUUGUAUAGCUGGCUCACUGUGGCCAACUUCAUGUGGCCAGGCAACACACUGAGAGUGGGACUUAUUAAGACUUUAGUGGAGACGCUGACAUACACGCCGUUCGCCAUGUGCAGCUUUUACUUCGGCAUGAGCAUGUUGGAGACGAAACCUUUCUACGAAGCGGUGGCCGAAGUCAAGGCCAAGUUCUGGCCGACUUACAAAGUGGGAGCGUCAAUAUGGCCAGCGGUAGCUUUAGUAAACUUCUGUUUCAUCCCGCCGAGAAACAGGGUCCCCUUCAUCAGCUGUUGUAGCCUCUUCUGGACCUGCUUCCUGGCCUACAUGAAGCAUUUGGACAAGGAGAAGGUCCAGAAAGGAAAAGUAUUGCCCGUGAUCAAAGUCAACAUACUGAAGGUGGAAAAGUGAGGUUCGAAUUUAGGAUUUCAAUACUAUAGUCCGUUUCUUUGGAGGACGGAAAGUCGGGCAUUGACCCCUGUUUCUCCCCGUCGAAUACGGUAAUGACAAAGGAAAGAUCUCGACGAACCAAGGCAGCAUUAAGAUAUUAA